UGAACAGACUCAGCGUGGGCUUGCGGCUGCUGCUGGUUUGCUUUCUGCGUCGGACUAUAUCCCGCAACCGGGCAACAGCGACGCCAAUGGAAGUGAAAGCGGGCAGAGGAGAAAACCGAAUUUGCAUUUAACGGAGAUGCCGACUGGGUUUGGGAAUUUUGGGAUGGGGAUUGUGGGUGGGGAUGCGGUUAUAGAUGCAGCUGCUGCGGAGAUGGCGCUGAGGAGUAAAUGGGAUGGGAUACCAGUCUGUUACGAGCGCUUCAGCAACACCGGUCACGCCCUUCGACUUUGAUGCCGCAAGAAGAUUAUCCGACGAAUUAUCCAUUGCAUCGGCAAACUCGUUCAUGAAUGCCGCUGCGGUCGCCACUGUCGCAAACUCUCCUGCGGUCAACAUGAGCGCGAACCCAUACAUGCCGACAAUUUCGUCUGCGUCGAGUCCGAUGACUGCGCAGUUUUCCCAGGCGGGAGCGAGUAUGGCUGCGGCGAGUCCGUAUGCGGAUAUGUUGCCGUAUAGUCCUAUCACCAUUCUACCGGGGAGUUUGACGCCGAUACCGGGUUCGUUGUCGAGUAUGUUGCCCUCAAUAGGAACGCCUUUACCAAGACAAAUGCCCCUUAUGUCACCAAUGCCGCCGAUUAUGCCACAGAGUGCAGGACCGGGGCCGUCGGCAAUGCAACAAAUGACACCCUCGAGUUCGGGGACUGGGUCGAGACGGACCUCUUCGAUACCUUCUUCACAUCGACCAUCGUCAACGUUUGGACCGACGUACCAGAGUGCGUAUUCCGCCUCCGGGUUCGACAUGAUCAACAUCCUUGCCCGCGUGGCAAGUCGACCAAACCCCCACAUCGACCUCGGCCCCGUCGACUUUAACUGCGCCUUCAACGUCGUCGACGCCCGCACUCACGACUUCCCCGUCGUCUACGCCUCCCCCUCCUUCGAAACCCUAACAGGCUACUCCCUCCGCGAAAUCAUCGGCCGAAACUGUCGAUUCCUCCAAUCCCCCACCGGACGCGUAAAAUCCGGCACUCGCCGCGAAUACACCGAUAACGAAGCCAUCCGCUAUAUGAAAGAAAAUAUGUUGGCGGGGAAGGAAUGUCAGGUUACGUUGGUGAAUUAUCGGAAGGGGGGACAGCCGUUUCUGAAUAUGGUUACGAUUAUUCCGAUUACGUGGGAUUCGGAUGCGGUUGCGUAUUUUGUGGGAUUUCAAACGAGUUUGGAGGAGAUUUCAAGUUCGGGGUCGAGAUCGGGAGGGAUGCAGAUGCAGCAGCAGAGGUUAGGGAUGGGGUCGGGGGUGUCGUCAAACAUGACGCCGGCGCAGUCGCAGCAGAUUGUGCCUGUGCCGAUUCCGGUGCCGCAACCGGUUGUCGCGAGUCCGAUGGGGUACUUUGGGAGUGGGACGCCGCUGGUGGAGAACAUGAACGAUGGUGAGGAUCCUGAGGAUGUUCGACGGUUUUGGGAUAAGCUCCUUCUCGAGAACUCAGACGACGUCGUACACGUUCUCUCACCCAAGGGUGUCUUCUUGUAUGCCUCGCCGUCGUGCAGGUCAGUACUGAAAUAUGAACCGGAGGAUAUGGUAGGGAAGAGUAUGUCGGAUUUCGUUCACCCUUCUGAUCUAGCACCCGUGAUGAGGGAGUUGAGGGAAAGUGCGGCGAAUGCCAUUGACGUGAUCUACAGAGUUAGACAAGGGGACGGUAACUACAUUUGGUUCGAAUGUCACGGAAAAGUUCUUAUCGAGCGAGAAAAGGGGCGGAAGUACCUCGUCAUGGCGGGACGGGAGAGGAGGGUGUACCAGGUUAGCUGGAGAUACGCGGGACACGCUGAUGGAUUCUGGAGUAAGCUGAGUUUUGCGGGGUUGUAUUUGUUUGUUACGAAGACCGUUGUGGAGACGCUGGAUUUGAAGGGGGAGGAAAUGGUUGGUACGACUUUCUAUCGACAUGUUCCGGAAUCUUCGGCACCGGCAAUACGAAGAGCGUUGGAGGAAGUUAGGGAUCGGAAAAGUGCGACGAUUCAGCAUACGAUGCAACACAGGAAAGGACACUAUGUGGAUGUUCGAACGACGUUUUUGCCGGGAAACGAUAGCGUAAGUGAAGGGGAUGGGAAUGGGACGCCGGAGUACGUCAUUGCACAGACGAGAAAGUUUGAUAACAAGAGUCCUGCGCAUUCGGAGGAUAAGACGAGUCCGUUGGGGAUGACGCCUAGUCCGCUUGGUGUUGGAGGGGGUGGUAUUGUGGGUGUCAUCAACCCGGUCAGCAGCCCGUUGCAUACGCCGAUGGCGGAGACGCCCAUGACGAUCGGAAGUACGCCUAUGCGUCCGCCUAGUUACUUUGGCCUUCACCGUCCUGGCGGUGAUGAGAACGUCUUCGCCGAGUUGGCAACGACACGUACGUCUAAUUGGCAGUACGAACUUCACCAACUCCGUGUUACCAAUCGCCGUCUGAAGGAAGAGCUUGAAGAAACUCUCAAAGCGCGAAAACGCAAGCGAAGAAAGAACAAGGCGUGGGACGUCAACAAAGUAUGUGCGAAUUGUCAGAGAAGGGAUACGCCAGAGUGGAGACGAGGACCGGAUGGGAAGAGGAGUUUGUGUAACCGGUGUGGAUUGAAGUAUGCCAAGUUGGUCGGGAAGACGGGAAGUAAGGUUUCGAAUAAGGAUGAUGGGCAACGGAGUGCUACACCCAUGUCUGUGGUGAUGGGUGCUGGAGCGAUGAAUCCGCCGCCUGUACCCUCGCUGUCCGGCCCGGCAGUCUCACCACCCGCUGGAGCUGCUGUAUCAACGCCGCACGAAGAAGUGGACACACCAAUGACGAUGAUGUUAUUCAAAGCUGAAACGGCGCAGUGAACUCUGGCAGUUCCUCUCAGUCUGUCUGUCUCUCUUUUACGAUAAAGGCGUUGUGGGAUCAUUGGCGUUUAUUUUAAAUGGGAAAGUAUUUAAUGUACACCGAUCAAUUUUGGGGC